CACUGGCAACUUCAAAGCAAAAUGAAGAUCCUUCUGUUGCUUUCAGCCAUUGGGUUCUGCUGGGCUCAGUAUUCCCCACAUACUGAAGCUGGGAGGACAUCUAUGGUCCAUCUGUUUGAGUGGCGCUGGGUUGAUAUUGCUCUGGAAUGUGAACGAUACUUAGCUCCCAAUGGAUAUGGAGGGGUUCAGGUCUCACCACCCAAUGAAAAUAUUGUAGUAACCAGCCCUUUUAGACCUUGGUGGGAAAGAUACCAACCAAUUAGCUAUAAAUUGUGCACAAGAUCUGGAAAUGAAGAUGAAUUCAAAGACAUGGUGACUAGAUGUAACAAUGUUGGUGUCCGUAUUUAUGUGGAUGCUGUGAUUAAUCAUAUGUGUGGUAGUGGUGCAGGUUCAGGAACAAGCAGUACUUGCGGAAGUUACUUCAACGCUGGAAACAGGGAGUUUCCAGAAGUCCCAUAUUCUGCUUGGGAUUUUAAUGAUGGCAAAUGUAACACGGCAAGUGGAGAAAUUGAGAGCUAUAAUGACGCUUACCAGGUUAGAGAUUGUCGUCUGACUGGUCUUCUUGAUCUUGCACUGGAGAAAGAUUAUGUGCGUUCUGAGAUUGCUGCAUAUCUGAACCGUCUCAUUGAUAUUGGUGUAGCCGGUUUUAGACUUGAUGCUGCCAAGCACAUGUGGCCUGGAGACAUAAAGGCAGUUUUGGAUAAACUGAAUAAUCUAAAUACAAAUUGGUUUCCUGAAGGAAGUAAACCUUUCAUCUUCCAGGAGGUAAUUGAUCUGGGCGGUGAGGCAAUUUCAAGCAGUGAAUACUUUGAAAAUGGCCGCGUGACCGAGUUCAAAUAUGGUGCAAAACUAGGCACAGUUAUUCGCAAGUGGAGUGGAGAGAAGAUGGCUUACUUAAUAAACUGGGGAGAACCUUGGAGUUUUGUGCCUUCUGAUAGAGCACUUGUCUUUGUAGAUAACCAUGACAAUCAACGUGGACAUGGAGCUGGAGGAGCAUCGAUUCUUACAUUCUGGGAUGCUCGACUGUAUAAAAUGGCAGUUGGAUUUAUGCUUGCUCAUCCCUAUGGAUUUACACGAGUAAUGUCAAGCUACCGUUGGCCAAGAUAUUUUCAGGAUGGAAGUGAUGUUAAUGAUUGGGUUGGGCCACCAAAUGAUAAUGGAGUAAUUAAAGAAGUUACUAUAAAUGAAGACACUACUUGUGGCAAUGACUGGGUCUGUGAACAUCGAUGGCGUCAAAUAAGGAACAUGGUUAUUUUCCGUAAUGUAGUUGAUGGCCAGGAUUUUACAAACUGGUGGGAUAAUGGUAGCAACCAAGUGGCUUUUGGAAGAGGAAACAGAGGAUUCAUUGUUUUUAACAAUGAUGACUGGUCAUUAUCUUCAACUUUGCAAACUGGUCUUCCUGGUGGCACAUAUUGUGAUGUCAUUUCUGGAGAUAAAAUUAAUGGCGAUUGCACAGGAAUUAAAAUCUACGUUGGCAAUGAUGGCUAUGCUUCUUUUUCUAUUAGCAACUCUGCUGAAGAUCCAUUUAUUGCAAUUCAUGUUGAUGCUAAGUUAUAAAUUCAAAUUAAAUGCAUAUCAAGAGCAAUAA